AGAAGCUUAGCUUAGAGAAGUAUAGAUGCCAGUUUACAAAACCUCAAAAAGAUAAGAGAAGGUGAUACCUUCUCAUUUGUACAAAAGAAACUUUAGUACAUGUAAUACAAAGUUUCAACUUGUAGCCCUCCCCCAGUCACUAUGGAAGCUGAGCUAGUUAUUUAUUAAUUUUCUUAAUUUGAUAUAGUCCGUUUUAGAUAAUUUAUAAACACUUUUUAAAUAGUGAAUGCAUCCAUGAGUCUUAUCAUAAUAUAAUAAAAUCGUAGGAAGGUAAGAACAAAGUACAUGUUGGCAUGUUGUAACGGGUUGCGUAUAUUUAGGAUUACUUUAUAUGGCUUUAGCAUAUUUUAAGAAAGUGGAACAGCAUAAGAUUCUAGUUAAUUACGGCAUCUGAUCUUCUUCAGAAAGUCAGGUUUCUCUUUGCUGUUGUUACCUGUCAAAACUAUUCUUCUGAGUUCUGCCAGCGAAUCUAGUUCUGUUCCUCGUCCCACUGUUUCUGAUCACACGUUUCUGUGCUCUGGAUCAUACUAGAACACCCUUUUGUGUUUUACUGUUGUGCUAUAAAUAAUUAAUUGUUGACUUCUGAAACUGUCUACAUAUAUAUCCUCCGAUAAAAAAACUUCACCGGAAUUUGAGAAUGGCAGCGGCGGCGGCGGAGAAACCGGUUAUGGUGGUUGCGGUGGACGAAAGCGAACAUAGCUUCUAUGCUCUGGGAUGGACUUUAGAUCACUUCUUCACCGGCCCCGUGUCGCCUUUCAGGCUCGUCCUCGUCCACGCCAAGCCUUCUCCGGCUAGCGCCGUCGGCCUCGCCGGCCCCGGCGCGGCUGAUGUGUUGCCAUACGUGGAUUCGGACUUGAAGAAGAUUGCUGCGCGGGUUAUUGAGCAGGCCAAGGAAAUCUGCGCCUCUAAAUCGGUUGAUGAGCCCAUGGUCGAGAUCAUGGAAGGGGAUGCCAGGAAUGUCCUCUGCGAAAGUGUGGAGAAAUACCAUGCCUCUAUCUUGGUUGUCGGCAGCCAUGGCUAUGGAGCUAUCAAGAGGGCUGUUCUGGGCAGUGUAAGCGACUACUGCGCUCAUCAUGCUCACUGCACUGUCAUGAUCGUGAAGAAGCCCAAGCACAAAACCUAAGUUGCAGACAUCAUCUGCCCAGAAGAGUCCA